GGGCGCGGUCUACUGCGCAUGCGCGAGCGGCGCGUUGCUGGGCGGCCGCGGGCCGCGUCGUGCCCGCUCGGGUAGCGCCCUAUGGAGAAGGGCUCGCGGAACGCCAUCGUCUUCAACGCUUCCAAAGGGGAGGCCUUCACUCCCGCCAGCAGCUACAAGGCAUGGCGUAAGAGGCUCCGAGGGAACUGGAAGAUCCUGAGCUUAAAAGAUGAGAUAACAUCUGAGAAACUGUUUGGAGUGAAGCUGUGGAUAACAGCUGGUCCAAGAGAAAAGUUCAGUGCUGCUGAGUUUUUGGUUCUGAAGAAAUUCCUGGAGGAUGGUGGAGCCAUCCUGGUGAUGCUAAGAGAAGGUGGAGAGUCCAGAUCUGGCACAAACAUUAAUUUUUUGUUAGAAGAAUAUGGGAUCGUUUUCAAUAACGAUGCUGUUGUACGAAAUGUGUAUUACAAGUACUACCACCCAAAAGAAGCACUGAUCUCUGAUGGAGUUUUGAAUAGGGGAAUCAGUGAAGCUGCAAGAAAAACAGUGCUUGAGACAACAGGUGAAGAUGGGAACGGACAUGACUUGCAAGCUCUCACUUUUGUGUAUCCAUUUGGUGCCACACUGAAUGUGAUGAAACCAGCAGUGGCUGUUCUGUCAACAGGAUCUGUCUGCUUCCCUCUCAACAGGCCUAUUCUUGCAUUCUAUCAGCACGAGCUUGCAGAAGUUGUAGACAAAAAGAUAGAAGAUGAAGCCAGAGGUUCUUUCUCAGGCAGAGCAGAGAAACGUACCAGAAGGAAAACAGAAUCUAUUGGAGCAAAGAAGAGAUGCAGUAAAGAACAGCAACAAAAAUUGAAGGAGUGGAAAAGUCAAGGUGGAAAGAUGGCAGCACUGGGAUCUUGCCACAUGUUCAGUGAUCAAUAUUUAGAUAAAGAAGAAAAUGCUAAGAUCAUGGAUGUGCUUUUCCAGUGGCUCACAACGUCGGAUAUUCAUUUAAACCAGAUGGAUAUGGAAGACCCUGAGAUUUCAGACUACACCGUGCUCCCAGAUACAGCUGCACUAUCUGAACAACUGCGAGUCUGUCUGCAAGAAGGAGAUGAGAACCCAAGAGACUUCACAAAGCUGUUUGAUACAUCCCUGUAUCAGCUGGAUACAACUGCCCUCCCUUCAGUUAUCAAAGCUUAUGAACAGUUGAAUGUGAAGCAUGAACCUCUCCAACUCAUUCAGCCUCAAUUUGAGACUCCACUACCUGUCCUGCAGCCAGCUGUUUUUCCACCUGCUUUCAGAGAAUUGCCUCCUCCUCCUCUGGAGCUCUUUGACUUGGAUGAAACAUUUUCCUCUGAGAAAGCUCGCCUUGCAGAGAUUACAAACAAAUGUACUGAUGAUGACCUGGAGUUUUACGUACGAAAGUGCGGCGAUAUCCUGGGAGUAACAAGUAAACUCCCAAAGGAGAAGCAGGAUGCCAAACAUAUUCUGGAGCACAUCUUCUUCCAAGUGGUUGAAUUUAAGAAACUGAAUCAGGAACAUGAUACUGACACAAGUGAAGCUGGAUUCCAGAAUGGUAACUGAGACCUGGCUUUCCCUAUAUGGAGGAGAAUCUAUUAAAAAUGUACUUAUCAGUUUUCUUCAACCUCUGUGUUCAGUACACUGAUUGAGACUGAGUACUUCACUGAACGUAUGGCUCAGUUACAUGUAGUAGUUGGGAUAACUAAUGCCUUUUGAGGAAGUGUUUGUAUUUUCCAGAUAAUUUCCUAUUUUUCUAUUUCUUUAUGGAAACUGUAAUUUUGUUAUUAUAUAUAUAUAUAUAAAUCUUAUGCUAAGAAAAUGUAGGUUUGUUUUUUUUCUUGCUCUGGUAUUUAUUUUCUUCUAGUAAGGCUUACUGUUGGUCCUUUUGGCUUAUGUGUAGACCUUAAUUGCUCUGUGGGAAAGAUCAUUAUUUUGGUUGGUGAACUGGAAAAAAAAAUACAGCAAUAAAUAUAGGAGAUGCUGAAAAUAUACUACUGUAACACCCCAAGGCAGUCUCCUUUUGGCUCUGCAAAAAUGAACCAAGGCAAGGUAGGUUUGUAACUGUUGGAGCAGAAGGUUUCUUCUCAGGGAUGGGAAGAGCUGAAAUCAAAUAGUGAUGAUGUUGUUGCAGACUGCUGCCUCAUUCAAGGUUGGAAAUACAUCACGAAAAGAAGGGUCGGCAUUUGGAUUAAAAUGCUUUAAGGUUUAAUGGAUCACUAUUACAAAAGGCUGAUACUGUGCAGGAAACUCAGGGAUAUUUUUACUGGAGACAUUGAACUAGGUAUUGCACAGGAAUGGAAACUCAAGUGGAAUUCAUGGUCCAUGAAAUGUUGAAGCUCAUUGCAUUGUGAAAAUACAGCCCAGGGUAUAAGCAAUGAGAGGAACAAAUUUGUCACUAUCAUUAACACUGUGUGUCAUUGUUGCUAGAGAUUUUUAACAACACUGUGAGGUUGCACUUUGAUAUACAAAGAGUUCUGUAUUUCAUCAGACACCCUGACUGUAAAACUUGACUUUUCCCCCACUCUGUAAGGCCUUUGUGACACCUGUGCCUUAUCUUUCUCUGCCAUGUUUUUUAAUGUAAAAGCUGCUGGUUUUCCAAAAGGUUUGUCUUCCUAACCCCUCCCCCCCGAAAAAAAAAUUCAUUUUACAUUGUUUCAUGUUUUGGAUGCUUUCCUAAAGCUGGUUUCCCAAAGCACCUACUAAGUGACUAAUCAGUUGAGAUGUGCCAAUAUAAUAUUGGCAGGAGGGGUUGUAUCUUGGUACACUUUGCAGACAAUCCUUUGUCAUAGGAGCAUGUAUCAAAACUUUCAUUUCUUCCUCUUUCAUUUAUUUUUCUUUAAUCAUAUGGUUGUGUUUUUUUACACACAGCAGCACUUCGUACGUUCCAGCUCCAGAUUUACAUAAUAAGCCUUAUCUUUCCCCCGACAGUAUCAAUACCAGUCAGUCAACCGGCACAGACUACAGUUGAACCAAACAACUGUGUGAUCUUCUGGCUAAUUAUAGAUCUGGUUUGUACUGUUCUUUGGUGUUUAGACUGCAAACUGUAAAUACACUCUCUUUCUGGGUCCCUUUU